GGCAGGAAGCCCAGGAAGAGGAGAGCAGUGAUUCCGAGGCAGAUGACCCGUGCGUCAGCCACGAUGUGAAACCACAAGAGAGUCAGAGCCAACCGAGCAGCACCAGCCACCGGCCGAGGUCGUCGUCCAACAGGGCAGCAGCAGCGUGGUCAGCAGACAGCGGCUCCGACGACUCCAGGCGUUGGUCGGACCAGCUCAGCCUGGAUGAGAAGGAUGGCUUCAUCUUUGUGAAUUAUUCGGAGGGACAAGCGAAAGUGCAUCCCCACGCUCAGGUUAACCACCCACACGCCAGCUACCCUGAAGCACGGCACUACAGCAAGCUGAAACCAGGAUACAGAUGGGAGCGUCAGUUAGUGUUUAGGAGCAAGCUAACUAUGCACACAGCAUUUGAUCGCAAAGACAACGCACAUCCAGCAGAAAUCACUGCGCUGGGCAUCUCCAAGUGA